AUGAGCGAUACCAGUUUGACGCAGGAGCCCGUGAGCUCGUCUGGCAGCGCUGGCGCUCCCGCCUUCGAUUUGCAGAAAAUCACCAGCAAUUCUGACGGCACCAUCACUGGCAUGCUUCUGGCAGGCUUCAACGAGGUGGUGGUCAACAACCCGUACUUCGCCGCGGGAGGAGGCCUCAUGGUGUUGGGAACCACGCUAGCGUUGGCACGGCUGGGGAUCGUCCGUACCAGUGGCUUCUUGUACCGGCAAAUGUUGGUGGAUCUCGAGAUUCCGUCCAAGGACAAGUCGUACCUCUGGUUCCUCGAGUGGAUGUCCAGGUACAAGCACAGAAGCCUGAGACACUUGUCGGUGGAAACUAACUUCGUCCAGCACGACAACGGCGCGGUCUCCACCAAGUUCUCCUUGGUUCCAGGGCCCGGCAAGCAUCUCAUCAAGUACAAGGGCGCCUACAUGUUGGUCAACAGAGAAAGAUCGGGAAAACUCUUGGACAUGACCAGCGGCACCCCCUUCGAAACCGUCACCUUGACCACCCUCUACAAGGACAGAUACUUGUUCAGCGAGUUGUUGGGCGAAGCCAAAAAGUUGGCUCUCAAGGCCAGAGAGGGCAAAACCGUUCUCUACACCUCGUGGGGCCCCGAGUGGAGACCCUUUGGCCAGCCUCGCAAGAAGCGCAUGUUGGGAUCGGUUAUCUUGGACAACGGCAUCACCGAGACCAUCGUGGAGGAUGUUAAGGACUUCUUGCAAAGCGGUGAUUGGUACCACAAGAGAGGUAUUCCCUACAGAAGAGGCUACUUGUUAUAUGGUCCGCCUGGAAGUGGUAAGACUUCCUUCAUUCAGGCGUUGGCUGGCGAAUUGGACUACAACAUUUGUAUUUUAAACUUGUCCGAGAACAACUUGACCGACGAUAGACUUAACCAUCUCAUGAACCAUAUUCCUGAAAGAUCGAUUUUGUUAUUGGAAGACAUCGAUGCUGCCUUCAACAAGAGAGAUCAGAGUGACGAAAAAGGGUUCAACUCGGGGGUCACCUUUUCCGGACUCUUAAACGCAUUGGAUGGUGUGGCUAGUGCAGAAGAGUGCAUCACCUUCAUGACCACCAACCAUCCUGAGAAGCUCGAUCCCGCCUUGUUGAGACCUGGAAGAGUCGAUUUCAAGGUUAUGAUCGACAACGCUACUGAAUUCCAAGUAAGAAAGAUGUUCAUGAGAUUCUAUGAAAAUGAAGAUGAGUUAUGUGAUCAGUUCAUAGCCAAGUUCAAGUCGUUGAACUUGAAAUCGGUCAGCACCGCUCAAUUGCAAGGGUUGUUUGUAUAUAAUAAGAGAGACCCUAAACAAGCCAUUGAGAUGGUUGACACCCUCAAAAACCCAUACACCGUUUUUUGA